AUGUUACCGAGAAAUGGCAUCACCAGGGAGGAAAUUAUCAGGAUAACGGAAACGAUCAGAGAGAAUAAUUUGCAUAAGGAAGAGCUGAAUUUCAAAAUAAUCGUGAUAGGGGAUUUUGGUGUUGGGAAAACUUCGAUAAUAGGGCGAUUCACGGAAGGACAGUUUUCUUCGCAUUACAAAAUUACCAUCGGGGCGGAUUUCGCGGUGAAAACCCUAGAAUGGGACGAGAACACCCGGAUCAAUUUGCACGUUUGGGAUAUCGCAGGACACGAGAGAUUCGGCAGUUUACUGAGCGUAUUUUACAGACACGCAGUUGCAGCGGCAAUUGUGUUCGAUUUGACGAGACCGGAGACUUUCGAGUCUGUUGAUAAAUGGUUAAUUGACUUGAGAAGAAAGCUGCAAUUGCCCGGAGGAAAAUCUUUACCUAUCAUAAUUUUAGCGAAUAAGGGCGAUGUGACUGUUAGCACAGUGCCCAAAAACAUCGACGAUUAUUGCAAAAAUAAUGACAUAUUAGCUUGGUACAUAACUUCAGCUAAAAAUGAUAUUAAUAUAGAUGAAGCGAUGAUAAAAUUGACAAGAGCAGCGCUAGCAAAUUACAGAGGCUUCAAGUGUUCAUUACUACUAACCGAAGACAUUAUCAGUCUUAAUGACGCGCCGGUCAAUCGAGAGAAGCAAUGCUGUUAA